GAGAUGAGCUCGGUUCUGUGCUGGGACAGGCCGCGUCCCACAGCCCGAGCCCGGGGGCUGCAGUUCACCGCCUGCCAGGCCCUGAGAAGAGCUGGCUCGGGCCACUAGACCUCGCGCCCCUCCCGAGGGUGAGGGCAGAACCCAGGAGUCCGGAGCCCUGGUCUCCGUCUGCCCUCACCCCCUCGAAAGCUAGACCACAACUGGAAAGCUUGAAACCUGGGAAUCCAGAGUCGUCCUGCCCCGACAAGCAUCAGACACCAGCCCCUUCCCGGAGCUGGGUUGGGCCCAGGAGUCCUACUCCCACCCUGCUCCCCUAUCCAGUUUUGACCACUCCAUAAAAUGGUACUUUGCUAAGGGCAUUUGACACCUCGUUGAAGGUAAGUUUGUCCAUGGAGCAGCAUGGAGAGAAGAAGAUAGCAUAGUAAGGUGGUGGAGUUGUGGACAGGAUGGCCUUCCUGGACAACCCAGCAAUUAUAUUGGCUCAUAUUCGGCAGUCACAUGUGACCAGUGAUGACACAGGGAUGUGUGAAAUGGUCCUGAUAGAUCAUGAUGUUGACCUAGAGAAAUUCAAUCCUUCUUCAGUGACUGGAGACAGUGGUUCGGAAAUUCAGGGAAGCAAUGGAGAGACUCAGGGUUAUGUAUAUUCCCAAUCAGUUGAUAUUACCUCAAGCUGGGACUUCGGUAUUAGAAGACGAUCAAAUACAGCUCAGAGACUAGAACGACUACGAAAAGAGAGACAAAAUCAAAUAAAAUGCAAAAACGUUCAGUGGAAAGAGAGAAAUGCUUCUUGUUCAGCAGAAGAGCUAAGCUCGUUGUUUGAAAAAAAGAAUUUCAGAGUAAAGUCUCCACAUUCUGGGAAGCAGUCGUUGCUGUCUGUGCGACUUGAACAGUGCCCACUGCAGCUGAACAACCCUUUCAAUGAGUACUCAAAAUUUGAUGGCAAGGGUCAUGUUGGUACAACUGCAACCAAAAAAAUUGAUGUCUACCUCCCAUUGCACACAAGCCAAGACAAACUGCUGCCAAUGACAGUUGUGACGAUAGCAAAUGCCAAGGUGCAUGACCUGAUUGGACUAAUAUGCUGGCAAUACACGAGUGAAGGACGGGAACCCAAACUAAAUGACAAUGUCAAUGCCUACUGUCUCCAUAUUGCUGAGGACGAUGGUGAGGUUGACACAGACUUUCCACCUUUGGAUUCCAACGAACCCAUUCAUAAAUUUGGCUUCAGCACUCUGGCAUUGGUUGAAAAGUACUCUUCUCCAGGGCUGGCAGCUAAACAGUCACUCUUUGUUCGAAUAAAUGCUGCUCAUGGAUUCUCACUUAUUCAGGUGGACAGUAUGAAGGUCACCAUGAAGGAUAUCUUACAAAAGGCCUUAAAGCGGAGGAAGGGAUCACAGAGGGGUUCAGGUGGGACACACAUUUUGCUCUCUGUAAAGAGAUGUUUUGCCAUAAGUAACUUUUUUCCCUCUGAAAUCUGUUCAUUGUGACUGUCAUGCAAAAUGCUAAUUUUUGUUCAGUUGGUAUUGUGAUUUUCAGCACAGCUCCAAAGCUGCUCUGUUCACAGGUGGGUAUAAAAAGAAAGAAAGAAAGAGAGCUUUUCAGAUACUACUGAAAAACGCUGACAGUGGGAGAAUUGUAUAAUGUUUCCUGCAAAAGCCAUAGAGUCAGUAUCAGUAAUGUUUGUUUUUAUGACAAAGCCACUUGCAUUAAACACCAGUCAUCGAUAGCCUAAAAUGAACUGGAAACAUUAAUCCGGCCUUUGCUUGUUAGACUAUAUAUACUUUUCAUUUAUGUCAGAACCAGGUAUUUAAUGUGAUUUAAAACAAAUUCUAAAAAAUACAGCAGAUUAUAACAGAAUAAUUGACUUCCUGCAAUAUUAUCAAAAUAUUGUUGCCCUGACAAACAGCUUAGACAUAUUGACAUUAAAACAGAAGAAAAUAUGUAAUAAUCUCACUUUAUUGCAAAGCAAUGCUUUUCAUGAUUAUCAAUAUACAUUCAAGUACAUAUUAGUAGAGAUAUUUUAAAAGUACAAGGCUGAGAAAUCUGUCCAGCAAGAAAUAAUUAUUGUGAGAAAUUGCAAUGAGUCUUGUCACGCCACAGAGAACUUUAAUAUAAACCUAUCUAUAUAGUAGGUAGAGAUAAGUAUCUUGUCUUUGUAAAUGAAUGAAACCUCCUUAUAUAACCCUUAGUUUUAAGUAUGUGAUAAUAAAAUAAACCCUUUUCUGUUUAGAAAAAAUAGUUGAGUGCAGUUUUUUUAAACGUGUGUAUAAUCUGUCAUGGAUUUAAUUAGCUAUCUUCAGAUGAAAGCUGAAGUUUUAAUAAAAGUUAGAAGAGAUAACACAGUGAAGGACACGGAUGAGCUGUCUCAAGGCCAUAUUCCAAGGGAACGAUAAGAGCUGUAAAAAAUGGCAGAGGAGAGCAAUUGAAAAUCUGAUUCUCGUAAAAAAGAAAAAAAAAGAGAGAGAGAUGCUGGUAGGGGUGGUUGUAGAUGAGACCUGCUAUCUUCUGCAAGCAAUUUGGCCGCUUGCCAGGAGUCAUUGUUCACCCUCAGCUGUGGCGGCUUGGUCCAGAUGUGCCAACUGCACGUUUCUGCUUUUGCCAGCUGACUGCACCGUUUGAUAACCAGCUCUCUGGAUGCCCAUCACUGGCCGCAGAGAUAGAAUUAAAUGAUGAUGAUCUUCCCACAAGUUAGGAGAGGAAACAAUGCAUAUAAAUCUUGAUUUCAUCUCAGCGUGAGAAGUCUUUAUCCAUCAUCACUCAUAAUGAACAAGUCGUUAGCCGCGAUGAAUGGUGUUCUGGGUUUUUUUUUCAAACAUCUCUUUUGUUCACUUUUUGGGUGACUUUUAUGUAUUUCUUGGGGGUCAAAUUUCUCUCUAGAUAAGAGGAUGGCUGGCUUAAUCUUUCAGUUGCUAUCCUACCUUGUGUCUUAAAUGCUGCUCUUUUUUCUGUUUGAAAUCUGUUUUUUCUUUAAUUCUGCUACUUACGUUCAGUAGUUGUAGAAAGGGAGUUUUUUCCUUUAAGACUUUGAUUCUGUUGUCAUAUCAUCUCUGCACAUAAACUGUUGUAAACCUUAUACCUACUUAGUUGUAUGUAUUGCAAAAUAAUAUGCUGUUCUGAUAUAGGUAUAUUAAAGGUAUAUUUAAAUUUC